CAGGGAUGGAGACGAGGAAACUAAAUACAAGAAGAACACAAGAUAAUUAUGACCAAGGGAGCAGUGUUGAAAAGGACGCUCCAGCAGAACCACAAGGCAGCAGCUCCAGUCGUCCUCUCUCUGCUGUAGUUCGUCUCUAUGUGUAUGCACUGCACGGCUGCCUAUGUGAGGUGGCCUUCACUGCAGUGUGGGACUGGUGCAGUACCCAAGACAGGAGGCUGGAAGGUCACAGCAGCCUGUGGGCGCUGCCCAUGUACGCCACCGCAAUCUACCUCAUGGAGAGCCUGAGAGCGUGGCUGCUGGCCCAGCAUCAGCCGCUGCCUGUCCGUCUGACAGCCUACACCUUGUUCAUUUACCUAUGGGAAUUCAGCUGGGGAGCAGGGCUGACGCUGCUGCAGGCCUGUCCCUGGGACUAUUCAGGUUAUAGGUACAACCUGGGAGGAUUGGUGACUCUGGAGUACGCAGUACCCUGGACUGUGGCAGCACUUAUAGCAGAGCAGCAUGUGAUCAGGAACACUCUGAGGAUAAGACUGCACAAUUGA